UUUCUACACUACGAAAUUUCAUUACAUUAUACAUUGAAAAGAGUUUCAAUUGUCAAACAUUAAAAACUAUUAUUAUAUUUGCAUAUUUUGUCAUGUAGCAUUGAAAAAUACAUAUUGGAUGAAUGUCCACAUGUUAUCCGAAGACUUAAAUUUAUAAGUUAUUUUCAAAAAAUUUAAUGUCAGUUUGAAAUAUAUAUUAAAUAUCAAAAUGUUGAGGUUGAAAACACUGACGAAUACAAUCCAAAUAAAUGAAAAAUUAAAUACUUUGAAUCCCACAGAUUUAUCACUAGAAAUACUUUAUUUAAUGGGGGGUAAACCGAUCCAGAAUAUAGUCCGCAUGGGACUUCAGAACGCGUUGAAACGAGCAAUGGCGUUGAUGAGACACCAUCAAUGGAUGGGAAAAUAAGCAACGUGUUGUUUAAGUUGAAGCCGAUCCUCAAUUUGCUGGAGACGAUGUUCGCCAGGAAUCUCAGACCGAUGCCAGUGAUGUUUGAGAAUAUGUUGAAGACGAUCAGAGAAAAAUAUCCCGACAGGCCUUUCUAUGCCACGUACGAGAGAAGGAUGGCUUCAGGGUCCAUAGUGGUCUGGCAGACGAGGAAGACCGCCCCGAUACAGAGCGUGAGGGACGACGAUGUCAAGAUAAUUUAUCCGGCCUAUAAGGACGUCAAUCUUGAGGUCAAGUUAGACGAGGCCAGGAGGUUCGUCAAUAAAGUCAAGUUCACGAUAAAACUAGUCGAAGAAUCAUCUUUGUCAGAAGAAGACAAGUCUAUGUUCAGUUCUCUUCUCAAAUCCAUCCUAAAAAUGAUGUCACAGAACGCGGCUUGGGUGAUGAACUGCUCGUUGAAAAUAGAGGAACAGGUUAGCAGUCUCAAAACUAUGCUAAACAUGAAAAGAGUCAACAAAAAGGAUUUGGCCAAAAUAAAUGAGCAGCUGACUAAAGCAGUACGAAAGUUUAAUGAAAAGUACAUCUGUUGGAGAAAAGCAGAACAGAACUUCUGGUAUAGGGUCGAACCAUUCCUCGGCCUUCUGGCCACUCAGGUUUCGCAGUCGCUAAUAUUACAAAAAAAGCAUUUAAUGUACAUGAAUAAAUGUAAAUAAACAUUUCCAAA